CAAGGUCUCUUCAUUCAGAAAUAUGACUUUGAAUUACAGCUUUCUUUACCGGCAUUAUACAUUUUUAAAACUAUCCCCAUCGGAGAAUAUUUACUAAUUUAUCACAUUUUAUAUAUUUUAUUUUCCUGUUAGGCACCAUGCUGCUCCUCUGGCUGCUGUUGCUCACCAUUGUGUCGCUAAACUUUUGGUUGAGGCACAAGUACGACUACUUUAGGAGCCGCGGGAUUCCAUACUUGGCACCCUCCUCCUGGUCACCAAUGGGCAAUCUGGGACAACUCCUAUUUCUGCGUAUUUCUUUCGGCGAUCUCUUUAAGCAGCUCUACGCAGAUCCCCGCAAUGGUCAGGCGAAGAUCGUUGGCUUCUUUAUCUUUCAAACGCCGGCCCUUAUGGUGCGAGAUCCGGAGCUGAUCCGCCAGGUGUUGAUUAAGAAUUUCAACAGCUUCCUUAACCGAUUCGAAUCGGCGGACGCUGGAGAUCCCAUGGGUGCACUGACGCUCCCGCUGGCCAAGUACCAUCACUGGAAAGAGAGUCGGCAGUGCAUGUCCCAGCUCUUCACCAGCGGCCGUAUGCGGGAUGUAAUGUAUAGCCAAAUGUUGAAUGUGGCAAUUGACCUGGAGAACUACCUAAAUAGGAAGCUGGGGAAUCGACUGGAGCGUGUCCUCCCAUUGGCAAGAAUGUGCCAGUUGUACACCACCGACGUGACGGGAAAUCUCUUCUACAGUCUGGAUGUCGGUGGAUUGCGUCGUGGGCGGUCUGAGUUGCUGACGAAAACGAAGGAACUAUUUAACACCAAUCCCCGCAAGGUUCUGGACUUCAUGAGUGUAUUUUUUCUGCCCAAAUGGACGAAUCUGUUGAAGCCCAAAGUUUUCACCGAAGACUAUGCGCGGUAUAUGAGGCACUUGGUGGAGGAUCAUCACGAGCCCACGAAGGGAGAUCUCAUCAAUCAACUGCAGCACUUUCAGUUGGGCCGCUCAUCCAACCACUACUCCCAACAUCCGGACUUUGUAGCCUCCCAGGCAGGCAUUAUUCUGCUGGCCGGAUUUGAAACCUCCUCAGCCCUGAUGGGAUUCACUCUCUAUGAGCUGGCCAAGGCACCGGAUAUUCAAGACCGACUGAGGAGGGAGCUCAGGGAAGCCUUUAAUUCUACUGCUACCCUAAGCUAUGACACACUGAUGGCGCUACCCUACCUCAAGAUGGUGUGCUUGGAGGCACUGCGUCUCUAUCCGGCCGCUGCCUUCGUCAACAGAGAGUGCACCAGUCCGGCAUCCGAGGGAUUCUCUCUGCAGCCUCAUGUGGAUUUCGUAGUGCCACCAGGAAUGCCAGCAUACAUCUCGAUUCUCGGCCUCCACCGUGAUGAAAGGUUUUGGCCGGAGCCCAGCCUCUUUAAUCCCGAGAGGUUCGCUCCAGAGCGCGUUAAGCACAUUCACCCGAUCACCUACAUACCUUUUGGAGCUGGCCCACAUGGCUGUAUUGGUAGUCGUCUGGGCGUCCUCCAACUGAAACUGGGCAUAGCUCACAUUUUAAAACAAUAUUGGGUUGAGGUUUGUGAGCGAACAGUGGCGGAGAUUCGCUUUAAUCCAAAGUCCUUCAUGUUGGAGUCGCAGGAUGAGAUUUACUUAAGAUUCUGCAGGAGUAAUUUGUAGUUAUAAGUAUCCAAAAACGAUCGG